GUCAUCUCAUUUCCGAGCGCCUUUUACCGCAUCACCGAUAUUAUAAAACCAACGUCAAAACGCCGCGCGCCCGCAGUCGAUUCGCGCUGUUGUGUGGUACGCACGUCGAUGGUAGUUUAAUAAUAUAAUAAAAAACAUGGAGGUGACUCCUCCCAGCGCCAUGCCAGAGCCGGACGAAGGCAUCACCACUGAUCGCCGCCCUUCUACGGAUGAACACGCAGAUUUGUCGGACACAGCCUCCGAGACUGGCUCGGGGGGGAAGGAUUCGGGAUGCGAAGUAGCCCCGGACCCUCAAGAACCACCAUACACGCCACCAGACGAAGAACUCGCCAAUAGGAUCGUUUCCCAAGUGGAGUUUUACUUCUCGGAUGCCAAUAUAACUAAAGAUGCCUUCCUCUUAAAACACGUACGUCGUAAUAAAGAAGGCUACGUCUCCCUCAAGCUGAUUUCGAGCUUCAAACGCGUCAAGCAUCUAACCAAGGACUGGCGGGUGGUCGCUGAGGCACUGAAAAGAUCUACAAAGUUGGAAAUUAACGAGCCGGGAACGAAGCUGCGAAGAACUGAUCCUUUACCAGCGUACGACGAAACUACUCCGUCUAGGACCGUAGUGGCGGUUAGAAUGCCGAUAGAUCGUCCUACAGUUGAGAAUGUGUCGAGAUUGUUUGCCAGUUGCGGUGAGAUCGCCCUGGUGCGGGUGCUUCGCCCCGGGAAUCCGGUCCCCGCCGAUGUUCGUCAAUUCCUAAACAAGAAUCCCAGUCUGGUGAAUUGUGUGUGUGCUCUAGUUGAGUUUACCGAAUCCGAGGCUGCGAGGGGCGCGCUGCGUCUGCAGACAUCUGAUGAAGAAGGUAUGAAAGUGUAUGAAUUGAAUGGAGUCCCUCGCGAGCCGAAGAGGAAGGCACCGGCCCGUCGGCCUCCGCCCCGCCGGCACGAGUGCGAAUACUCAUCCUGUUGCAGUGGAUCCGAGCCUGAGUAUGAGUACAGGAAUUAUGGGACUCCGUUUUAUAGACGGAACUCCAGCGGGUUCUUCGCCCCGCGUCCGGCUGAAAUACAGACUUGGGUGCCGAGACGACAGUCUACUUGCAGUCACAGUUCGGAUUCAGGAGUUUCGUUCUUCUGUGGGUCCAGACGAGCAUCUCAAGCGAGUACGGGGAGCGCGAGCAGUGAGGGUUGGUUAGCGAGGAGGCUCUCGGGGUGCUCCUUGACGGGGACCGAGUGUGGAGGGCGGAGGCUCUCCUGCACCCCCCGGUUCGAACCCCGCGCCCCCGUCGUCCCGGACGGCACAAGAGGCUUCCACGCCGCCUCUCGCCAACGACGGAUAUCAGACCUGGCGCUGUAUUCGCGCUAGAAAGCGCCCGUCAACCGUGACACCUUUCUAAUCACGUUGGAUAACCGCCUUUCACGUUACGGCCGCUCGGUUUUUAUGAGGAAGUCUGCGUGUUUAGAUUUAUCGUUUGGGUGUAGUUACCUGGUAUUGUGAUCGCUCGUUAGCUGUAUGUUAAGUUAUUUAUUAUAUUUAUUGUGGUAUGCGCGUGGGAGUUUUCAUGUAUGUAUGAGUUGUGCACAAAACUCAUUAAACAACAUCGACAUACGGCGCUAGACUCCAUGUCUGAACACCCGAGCGAGGAGGUUUACUAAGACCAUCUCCGCCGGUGAAAGGGACGCCACAAUGCGCGACUUAAACCGUCCUUAUAAGUUAUAUUAAUUAACUAUUAUAUUUAAUUUUAAGCUAUAAUAAGUCAGUCGCGCCAUGUCAGAUUAGAGUAAGUUUUUUAUUAUCAUAGUUUUAUAUAAGUCGUUGUGAUUUUGUAGCGCCCUUAGCGGGAUAUGUUUAAGACACUUUUAACUGUAAUUGCUUGCUUUCUACUUAAAAUAAAGUAGACGAAAUCUAAGCUAUGGAUCUGUAAAUAAACUAACUACAGAUGUUUUCCGCUUUUAUAUAUAUUUAUUUUCGAUAAGCACAAUACGGAUGCCGCUGCAUCUGCAUGUAAUUUUUUAUUAUAAGUUUUUUUUUUUUUGAGAUAA